AUGUCUGCAAUGGAGUUAGAUGGUGAUGUUUCCACCGUGUUAGCAAGCUUGAGACUGGAAGUUGAGUCAGGAGACUUGAUAAAUAUAUUCUAUCAAUUUGAAGAUUUCUAUGAACGUAAAUUAUGGCACCAAUUAACUUUGGCUUUAGAUGAUUUCUAUUCUUUACCAGAUUCUAAAUCCAAUAAUUUAAGAAUUAAGAUUUAUGAUUCUUUUGUCAGUCAAUUUCAACAAAAAUUGAACCCAAUCAAAGUUGUUGACUUCUUAUUAGCUAGUUUCCCAAAUGACGAUAAAAGAGAUCAAGAGGCUGCUUUGGAAAAAUUGAUUCAAUUGAAAGACCAAUUCAUAAGCCAAGCUACCCCAUCCUUGAAGAAGGCCGCCACUGAUGAUGACGAAUUAAAGGCUUUGUUAAAUAAAGAAGAAUCAAUUGUUUAUGUUGAUUUACAAAUAUCACGCUUCUACUUAUUGUUGGGUAAUAAAGUUAAGUCAGAAGAAAUCUUAGAACUGGUUGAAAGUAAAUUUGAUGAUUCAUCAUCUGACUCUCAAGUGUUCAAUUCCAAGAUAAAUGCAGCAUUUUACUUAACAAAAUGUCAAUUAUAUAAAAUUGAUGAAAACUAUAAUCAAUUUUACUCAAAUGGUUUAUUAUAUUUAUCAUCAAUUGAAAAUACUCCAACUCCUUUAACUAAUGAAGAAAAAAUAAGUUUAUGUUAUGAUUUAUGUAUUGCUGCCUUAUUGGGUGACAAGAUUUAUAACUUUGGUGAAUUAAUUUUACAUGAUGUUUUGAACGUCAUUAAAAGUGAAAGCUCUCCGUACUUUUGGCUAUUCAAUUUAAUCCAAUCUCUUAAUGCUGGUAAAUUGAACGAUUUCAAUCACUGGCUUAAAGUUGGUAUUCCAAAAUCACCAUUCUUAGUUAAAUUCCAAUUUUUCUUACAACAAAAAAUUAUUAUUACUUCAUUAUUAGAGUUAAUCUCAUUAAAAUCCACAACCAACAAAAGAUUGUCGUUUAAGGAAAUCAGUGAUUUCACUGGUACUCCUGGGAAUGACGUUGAACAUCUUAUAAUAAAAUGUUUUUCACUUAAUUUAAUCAAAGGCUAUAUCAACCAAAUUGAUGAAAUAUUAGUGGUAACUUGGUUACAACCAAGAAUUUUGAACUUAGAUCAAGUUAAAGCCUUAUACAGCCACUUGGUUGAUUGGGAUGCUAAAGUCGAACAAUUGGGCAAACAAGUUCAUGAAAGUGGUGGACAAGUUUGGGCUGGAUUAUGA